UUUACAGAUAACGCUCAGCUGGUGGAUCAAGGCGCUUGUAAAACACAAAAAGAGGAGCCGGGUGUGGGAUCGAUCCGUACUUCACGCUAUAGAUCACGCUGUUCCGUAUAUUCUACAGAUGAGUGCUUCAGAUGCUGGAGCGAGGCUAUGACGGAUCACUCAGUCAGUAACGAAGACGUCGAGCAUAUCACUCGUACCCUCAUAUCGUAGUGUCUCUCACUCGGAAUUUCCCAUAAUUUUAUUUUACUCUUAACAGAGUUUUAAAGUGGUUUUAGUGAUAAGACAAUUAGUUCUUUUAACAAAAUAGUUAAUCUUUCGUGAUGCUGUGUUGGAGAUUUAUACGUGUUCAGUUUUGAUAUUGCUGUGACGGAUACCUUUCUAUUUGUGAUAUGUGUAUAUGUAUGGAGGUGUAAUUGUGCUAUAAUAACCGUCAAAAUGGGAUGUAGACAAACCAAGGAAACCAGUUGUGUUCAAGAAAGCAAGGAGUUCGACCCAAUCACGGAUAACGGUGUCACAGACAUUGUUAGUGUUGACCCACGUUUGCCCCUUAAUGCUCGACAGACUUUUAAACUUAAACAGUCUUGGAAAGGUAUCAAACGAAAGAUAGCCGAAACAGGGGUAGAGAUGUUUGUAAGGUUGUUUAAGUCUAAUGCCGAUCUAAUGGCGAUAUUUGAGAAGUUCACGAACAUACAGUCGGAGGACGAACUACGUCAGAACGAGUACCUGGAACAGCAUGCCACACUCGUCAUGAACACACUGGAUGACGCCAUAACCAAGAUUGACGAUUACGACUACGUGAAAGGACACCUUCACAUGACGGGCGCCACACAUCAAAGAUUUGAUGUCUUCCGUCCUGAAAACUUCUGGAAAAUCCGGGAGCCGUUUAUUGAGGCAGUGAAAAUUACGCUCGGGGACCGAUACACCGAAUACAUGUCAAACGUUUAUGAGAUCACUAUUGACUUUAUCCUGAAGGCGCUUGAGGACGGUUUUCUCGAUAACAACAACCCCGUCGAACAAAAAAUCAUAGUAACAGAUCAUUCAAAGGAGCAACCGGAAGUGACGAAAAUAGAGCAUUGUUGUGUGCGUGAGAGUGAUGUCAAAGAUAUUGAACAGGCGAAGACAUGAAAACAAUUUCAAUAGCAAAAAUAAUAAAAACUAAUUACUCAAUGAAGUGAUUUUAUUGAGACCAAGUGCAUUAACACAAAUUAGUGAAAUGGUUGAAAAAUUAUCUUAGCACGUGUCUUGACGUUGCAUGAAGUUGAAACAUCACGGAAUGUUUUCAACCGAUAUAAACAAGAUUCCUGUUUUGUGGUCGUUCUGCGUCAGAUGAGACAACUACGUAUAUUUGCUACGUGGGUGAAUAUUCUAUGGUACUGUGUUAUCGGAAUUACUAUAUUCACAACAUAUAUAUCUAUAUCAUCUUCAUUUGUCAUUGUCUCAUUAAGUGUCGUGUUGGUGAAAAUGCCUUAUAUCACAGUCAACGAUAGCAGACUUUCAAACAUCUGUGUAUAUCCUAUUGUGUGUUGUGGAAUAUUGAUAGUGUGUGAUUGUGAUGGGCGGCUAUCAGGCCCUGGUCGACAGACUGUAUGUGUACCGGGCCCUGGUCGACAGUCUGUAUGUGUACCGGGCCCUGGUCGACAGUCUGUAUGUGUACCGGGCCCUGGUCGACAGUCUGUAUGUGUACCGGGCCCUGGUCGACAGUCUGUAUGUGUACCGGGUCCUGGUCGACAGUCUGUAUGUGUACCACGUUUUCACACAUUGCUGCAUGUCUUUGUGGAUUUUGUUCAGAUAUCGUUCUAUACACUCCAUCUCGAUCUAUGUCAAGGAAAGAUGUUAAUCUGCGCUGUAUAUAACUAUGUAAUUAUACUCUCUGUUUUAUA